AGUUUUUCAUGGGAAGCUUACUUAAAAGAAUCUGGUGCCAUUCCUGCACCAAACAACUGUUUCAAACAGCAUUUCCCACCACCAACAAAUGAGUUUAAAGUUGGUAUGAAAUUAGAGGCAUUAGAUCCCAGGAACAUUACCUCAUCAUGUAUAGCUACAGUUGUUGGUACUCAAGGUCCAAGACUACGAUUAAGACUGGAUGGUAGUGACAAUAAGAAUGAUUUCUGGAGAAUGGUGGAUUCUUCAGAUUUGCAUCCUAUUGGUUAUUGUGAAAAACAUGGUGGCCUUUUACAACCACCUUUAGGUUUUCGAAAAGAUGUAGCAUCUUGGCCAACGUUUUUAAUGAGAACUAUGACAGGAGCACCGUUAGCUCCAAGAAGUGCUUUUAAAGAGGAAUGUAAGAGUCCAAAGACUAACUUAUUUAAAGUUGGGAUGAAAUUAGAAGCAGUAGAUAGAAAGAAUCCUCAGUUAAUCUGUCCAGCUACGAUUGGUGAUGUUAGUGAAGAUCAGAUCCAUAUAUCAUUUGAUGGAUGGCGUGGUGCCUUUGAUUACUGGUGUAAUUAUGAUUCUAGAGAUAUAUUUCCUGUAGGCUGGAGUGCUAUAAGUGGUCAUAAUCUUCAACCCCCAGGACAGAGAGUUAGUUGUAAAACUGGCAGUGUAUCUAGUCAAAUUACGAAAACCAUGUCCAAUGCUACAAGUCCAGUAACAAGUGACAAACAACAGAUGUCUCCUAGAGAAGCCACAUCACCUGCUGUCACUGUUACAGAACCUGAUACUAGUUCAGCUUUACCCAGUAAAUCCUCUGCAUCAAAUUCAGUGUGUAUGUAUGUGAAUACAUCUUGUAAUACUGGUACGUUUUUAAGUCAGCGUAAAGUUUCUCAGUUACCAUCACAGUUUGGUAUGGGACCAUUAAAUCAGGUAUUACGUGAGGUUGUACAGUCGUGUAUUGAGUGUGGUGUACAAGAGAGGGUUGUGUUUAAUAUGUUACGAGAUGGAAAUGGCAAGGUGGUUGUUUAUGCAAAUCAAGGCAAUAUGACAUAUACUAAAAGAUUAUCUAUGAUAGAAACAGCAGAAGAGUUAUAUAGAUUUAUAGAUAAGUUUCUAGAUGAUCUAGGUUGUUGUGAUAACUUUCUCUCUCCUAUUAAUAAUGGUUGUAAUAAAUGUAAUAAAUUCAAACAACAUUCAGGUGAGUAUCUUUUCUAUUCUUUAGAUAAAGACAGUUCAUUUAAACAGCCAAAACGACGCUGGUCUAAUGAUAGUGUAGACAGUAAUAAAAGUGCCAGUACAGUACCUAAAGUAUCCAGACGUUAUUCUAGUUACGAAGCAGAAGCCAGUUCAACAACUAAUGAUAAUAAUAAAGGGAGAUUAUCCAGUGAUCCUGAAGAUUGGUCUAUAGAUGAUGUAGUACAGUUUAUAACAGAAACAGAUCCUGGUUUAACAGUUCAUACUGAAUUAUUCAGAAAACAUGAGAUUGAUGGAAAAGCCUUAUUGUUACUCAACAGUGAUAUGAUGAUGAAAUAUAUGGGAUUAAAGUUAGGACCAAUAUUAAAACUGUGUAAUAUAGUACAGAAGUUAAAAAUGAGAAAAUGA